AUGUGCCAGGGGGUCCUGCCAGCCCACGCCGACCCCCGCGGGGAGCUGAGCGCCGGGCAGCUGCUCCGCUGGAUGGACGCCGCCGCCUGCCUCGCAGCUGAGAAACAUGCUGGUGUGUCCUGCGUGACAGUGUCCAUGGAUGACAUACAGUUUGAGGAGGCUGCCAGGGUGGGACAAAUUAUUACCAUCAAAGCAAAGGUGAACAGAGCAUUCAGAACCAGCAUGGAGGUUGGCAUCAAGGUUACAGUACAGGAUGUUUUGACUAAUGUUGAAAAAACUGUGAGUGUGGCAUAUGGAACGUAUGUAGCCAAACCAGUUGGUGCUGGAAAGGUAUUCUUUCAGUUUCCUUCUAAGCUUGAACUGUCUGAGUUUCUUUUUCAUGCCAAUGCUGUUUCUUCUCCCCAGUGUUUGGCUCCCUGGAGGUAUUUAGAAAUCAGUCACGAUACUUUUGAAGAGGAAGAUGCAAUUUCAGUUGAACUUACUCAUGUACAGAGUAUUGAGCUUGUCCUGCCUCCUCAUGCAAACCAUCAUGGAAACACUGGUGGCCAGAUCAUGGCUUGGAUGGAGACAGUGGCGAGUAUUUCAGCAAGCCGCCUUUGUCAUUCAUACCCUGUCCUGAAAUCAGUGAACAUGUUUAAGUUCUGGGGACCCUCCUUUGUGGGCGACCGCCUCGUCUUCAACACCAUUGUGAACAACACCUUCCAGAACAGUGUGGAGGUUGGUGUCCGUGUUGAGGCUUAUGACUGUGAGGAGUGGAUCAAGGACCAGCCACGGCACAUUAACAGUGCAUUCCUCAUCUUUAGUGCUGUGAAUGACAAAGGACAGCUGCUCCCCUUCCCCAAAGUCAAACCCACAACAGAGGAUGGUAUGAGAAGAUACUACAGAGCUAUUGCCCGAAGGAGAAUUUGUCUAACCAGAAAAUGCAUACUGUCUGCUAAAGGAGACAAACCUUCUGAACCCUGGGAGAGAAGCAACCAGGCAUAUUUGAGUUACAACAACAUGGCAGCACUGACACACCUGGCAGCAAAACCAAGAUGGGAAAUAACCAGGACGCUGGAUGAUAUAAAAAUAUGGACUCUUGAGGAGGGUGAUGCGUUAUCUUUCAAGGUUGAAAUGCAGGUGAAGAUCCCAUCCGAUCUGGCUUUUUACCUUCUGUCCGACUUCACGUUGCGCCAGUAAUGGGACAGACAUUUCCUGACUUGUGAGGUCCUGCAGGCUGUGAGUGAAGAGGAGAAAAUAUAUUAUGUGAUGUCUCUCCCCACAAGGGGCUACGAACCCAGACACUUUGUGAUUCUCAUGUCUCAAAGGCAACCCUGCAAGCCACAUGAACCCUACACCGUGGCUGUGAGGUCGGUGAACCUCAGGGCAGUGCCCCCAUCCCCAGAGUUCUCCAGGAGUGAAGUCCUUUGUGCCAGGUUCCAGAUACACACCGGCACGAGCAGCUCCUGUGCCGUGUGUUACUUCAAUCAAGUGACAUCAGGAGUGAUGCCUUACUUAGCUGCAAAUCUCGCCGUCUCAUCAAAAUCCAUUGAAGACUCAGCUUUGGAAUGUAUAAAGUUCUUGGAGAUGAAAGGCUGCAUGUACUAAAGUUAAAAACAGAUUUCUGAAUGGACAUCUGAAGAUUAUCCAGCAAUUCUGGUUUAAAUUCCUGCAAGUGUGUUGAUCAUUUUUCUACAGAUUACUUACGUUGGAUCAUGUAGCCAGUAUUUGGCUUGAACCUGAGAAUACCUUGUACAAGCAUCUGCUAUCAAGUUGAGCUUAGGCUUUAGGAUCCAAAUUCAAUUUUUAAUUUAAAAAAGAUUAAGGGACAGAUUCUGCUUUUGAUUGCAUUAAUGAAUUUUGUAUAAAUGGAGGAAGAACUUGGCUCAGUGGAGCUGUAGCUCAUGAGACUGUUUCCCUGUUUUAAUAUUAUACUGUAUGAAAAAGGCAUCCAAGCAGUUUUAAAUCUGUAAAUACCACUUCUUGUAACCUGCAAACCAGUGCUACCAAGUAGCUUUCCCUGUGCUCUGACCUGCCUGUCCAAGUCUUUGCAACCCCAUUAUUUAUAAACUGAUUACAGCCCAUGUAAAUUAGAGUUUGCUGCUUUUAAUACUUGUCUGUUUAUGUGUGA